UGAAGAUCUUUGUCCCAAGAUGUUUCGGGUGACCAGCCAAUGGACAUUCAUGUUGAGCCCUGACCCCUACCACGAGGCUGCUCCUUCGCGGUCUCGAUGCCUGUGCAUUCUUUGUACGUUGUCGGGGGAAGCGCCAUUCUUCGUCGCCUUUUUCACUGUUCGCAGACGCCCCAUGCCGGCGUCACAACCCAUCAUGGGCAUAAAGACACCUGGCAAUUCAGUCAAUGUUGAAGUGCCCGAAUUCGUGUUCUGAUCCUCCUCCCGAGCUUGCUGACGACGUGGCUUUGCAAUCAUGUCUCUUCCUGUGCCGAUGGCUGAGCAAAGUCCUCAAGAGGAGCAUUCCCGUACCAUAUCACGGUUCUCGACCUCCACAUCACUCAGAAUGCCUUCCGCCGCCGACAACGGUCCCGAAAUUGUGCCCAUGCCGCGGUGGUCGACCUACGUUGGGUGCGCAAGGUUGGCUCUGUCGGUCCUGGUGCUUGUCUUCACAUCGGCAGCUACUGCGAUUUGGGGAGGGUAUGCCUCCUUUGCGGUUGCGCUCUUUACGUCAUCGGCGAGUCUAGUGAUAUUUGCCUACUACUUUAUCGCGUUGUCCCUCAAGCCGGGUCUGUACAACCGUUGGGCCAUACUGAACCUCGAGAUCUUCGGUGUGAUUUUUUGGCUGGUCACCUUCUCCGCCUUGGCCAACUGGACCAAUUUCCACAACUUCUGGUUCGGCCGCGGUGACGGCUACGGUCUUUGGAACACCCCAUACAGCCCUUGGGAUACCAGCCUUCGAUCGAGAAGCAUCGUGCCAAGGAGUACCAAUAAAUAUCAUGCUGGGGUCGGUCUUGCUGGAACCAGUGCUGGCUUGGCCGGGAUCCAAUGCAUACUCUACAUGCUCACUUUGAUUGUUUUCGGAAUGUCUCUGCACAACCAUCGAGUCGAGGAAACAAGGAUGCGGCAGGGCCCUGGCACGGCACCCGCGGUAGCCAACCCAAAUUCGACUGAAGCGAACAGCAUGGAGGAGAUGCCACGGUCGAGGUCUGAAGCGAGACCAGUAACAGUCUGAAAGGACUCCCCGGCCUGCGGGGACAAACAAUAUAGGGACGAGACAAAGACAGCAUCAACAUACAUAUUCUUGCAGCCUUGUUGUACAUAGCCUGAGGUACUAUAAUACUAAGCCUUCAUCCCCUGCUCUGAUGUCCGGCCAGUUGACGGACCGGAGAUGGUCGGAGUACAGCGGACAAGAUCGGAGAAGGAUCACGUGCCUGGGACUGCUUACACCGGGCGCCGAUUCUCCAGCCGCAAAAUUGAAGGGUCAAGCCG